UAGUGGAGCAUAAAUUUCGGAUUACAACGAGUACAAUUAUCCAACAAAUUGGUGCUUAAAAGUAGUGCUUUAGUGCUCCGUAAGGAAAGCUACAUAUUGGCUAUUGCACCAUUUUCCAUAUGUACAUGUAUGAAGAUUAUACACAAACAAUUAUUAAUGUAGUGCGAGCACUGCACCAUCAAACUCCGUGUAAGCAAAGUUGCCUGUUCCCCCAUUAUCAACUUCACAUCUCUUUAUAUACGUACAGUAAGUGAUACAGAUACAGAUUCUAUAAAAAAAUAAAAAAACAUAAGCAGAGUAGCAAAAGCUAAACAACUCGAAGUGACUUUAACUAUGUGGAUUUUCAAUAGAAAAGGGGCAUCUGGAUUUUCAUAUUCCUCCACUGCUGAAGAUGUUACCCAUGGAAUCGACGGCUCUGGUCUCACUGUCAUUGUACUGGUCUCAUCGAGUGGUAUCGGUACUGAAACUACCCGUACCCUUGGUCUGCGUGGAGUUCAUGUUACCAUGGCUGUCUGGAAUAUGGCUGCUGGAAAAGAUGUUAGAGAAGCAAUAGAAAAGGAAAUUCCUGUGGCCAAAGUUGAUGUGAUGGAGUUAGAUCUUAGUUCAUUGGCAUCAGUAAGGAAAUUUGCAGCUGAUUUUAUAUCAUCAGGUCGCCCUUUGAACGUUCUAAUUAAUAAUGCAGGCGUGAUGGCAAUUCCCUUUACACUCUCGAAAGACAACAUAGAGCUGCAAUUUGCCACAAAUCAUCUAGGUCAUUUUAUUUUGACAAAUUUGUUGUUGGACAAGAUGAAGGAGACAGCAUGCGAAACAAAGAGGGAGGGAAGGAUAGUGAAUGUUUCAUCGGAGGCUCAUCGUGUCACAUAUCGUGAGGGAAUUCGGCUUGAUAAAAUUAAUGACCAGCAAAGCUACAGCAGGUACUUGGCAUACGGCCAAUCAAAGCUGGCUAACAUACUGUUCACAAAUGAGCUCACAAAACGCUUAAAGGAAGAUGGUGUGGAAAUAACUGCAAAUUCACUUAACCCAAGAGCAAUCACAACCAAUCUUUUCCGUCAUAUGACUCUCAUUAAUGGUAAUAAUAUUCCCUCUUUAUGUUUAGCAAGUACGGUUGGAAGACUUGUGCUUAAAAAUGUUCAACAGGGAGCAUCAACCACCAGUUAUUUAGCAUUGAAUCCACAAGUGAAGGGGGUGAGAAGCGAAUAUUUUCUGGACAACAAUCUGGCUACCCCGACGACGCUGGCUAGGGACAUGGAUUUGGCAAAGAGACUCUGGGAUUUUUGUAUGGAUUUGGUCAAGUAA